AUGUUCAACUACCAUAUCGAUGGAGUCGUGCUCAACAGGGUUGAAGAGAUGAAUGACUUGGGUGUGACAAUGGAUAAGAAACUCUCCGUUGCUAGUCAUCGAUCGGCCGUCAUUGCUAAGGCUAAUCGUCAGCUGGGGUUUAUAACCAAAAUAGCCAAAGAUUUUAAUGAUCCAUAUUGCUUGAAAGCUCUGUUUUACUGGGAUUUAUGUAUGCUACUCUUACUUGUCGCGAAUUUAAUAAUUUUGCCUGUCGCCAUAUCAUUUUUCAAUGAUGACCUCAGUACGAGAUGGAUUGCCUUCAACUGUUUGAGUGAUACGAUAUUUUUAGUUGACAUUGUAGUCAACUUUAGAACAGGUAUUAUGCAACAGGAUAACGCCGAACAAGUGAUAUUAGAUCCUAAGCUUAUCGCUAAACACUAUUUGAAAACAUGGUUUUUUUUGGACCUAAUAUCGUCGAUACCACUAGAUUAUAUUUUCCUCAUAUUCAACCAGAUUCAAAAGAACAACCAGGAUUUUUCUGACUCGUUUCAAAUUCUUCACGCUGGCAGAGCAUUGCGCAUACUUCGGUUGGCUAAACUUCUGUCGCUGGUGAGGUUGCUGCGGCUCUCUCGUUUAGUGCGAUAUGUUUCUCAAUGGGAAGAAGUUUACUUUCUCAAUAUGGCAUCCGUUUUCAUGCGAAUAUUCAAUCUGAUUUGUAUGAUGUUACUAAUAGGACACUGGAGUGGAUGCUUGCAAUUUUUAGUUCCUAUGCUGCAAGGAUUUCCAUCUAACUCGUGGGUUGCCAUCAACGAAUUACAGGAGGCCUACUGGUUAGAGCAAUAUUCCUGGGCCUUGUUUAAAGCAAUGUCUCAUAUGCUUUGCAUAGGAUACGGAAGGUUUCCGCCUCAAUCUCUCACAGAUAUGUGGUUAACAAUGUUAUCUAUGAUAUCUGGUGCAACAUGUUACGCUCUGUUUCUGGGACACGCAACAAACCUGAUUCAAAGUCUAGACUCUAGCAGACGUCAAUACCGUGAAAAAGUGAAGCAAGUCGAAGAAUAUAUGGCUUAUAGAAAAUUGCCAAGGGAUAUGCGGCAAAGAAUAACAGAGUAUUUUGAGCAUCGCUAUCAAGGAAAAUUCUUUGACGAGGAAUGUAUUCUAGGGGAGCUUAGUGAAAAACUAAGAGAAGAUGUGAUAAACUACAACUGUAGGUCUUUGGUUGCUUCAGUGCCUUUUUUUGCCAAUGCUGACUCUAAUUUUGUAUCUGACGUAGUAACUAAAUUAAGAUAUGAAGUAUUUCAACCUGGUGAUAUUGUAAUUAAGGAGGGAACAAUAGGAUCAAAAAUGUACUUUAUUCAAGAAGGAAUCGUUGAUAUUGUAAUGGCAAACGGAGAGGUGGCAACUUCCUUAUCAGAUGGUUCUUAUUUCGGAGAGAUUUGUCUGUUAACGAACGCAAGACGAGUUGCUAGUGUUCGAGCGGAAACCUACUGCAAUUUAUUCUCAUUAAGUGUUGAUCAUUUCAAUGCUGUUCUGGACCAAUACCCGUUGAUGAGGAAAACGAUGGAGACUGUAGCAGCGGAAAGACUCAACAAAAUCGGUAAAAACCCAAACAUAAUGACUCAUAAAGAGGAAUCAGAAUCAGGUAACGCAGAAACUAAUCAAAUUAGCGCGGUGGUGAAUGCACUAGCAGUUGAAGCAGAAAAUAAUUUAAACAACCUGAGUGACGAGAGCGGAAGCUUGAAAAAGGUGCAUUCUGAUUUAAGUUUAACUGAACUGAAUCAAAGCUUACGUAUGAGUUUACCUAGGCCAAAAAGUGGUGAGUUUAGGGCCCUCUUUGAAGGUAAUAGUCCUUAGAAUAUGAAAAACUCUCUCUGGAUAUGAAAAAAAAAAUAAACUGAAAGUGAGACAUUACGAGUUAGUUUUGAAUUGAAUUAUAGCUUUUGAUUUAAUUGCACAUAUGUUUUCAUGUGGCAUGAUUGCAGCCAUUCGACUAUUUCAAAAGAUCAAUUAAUUAGUAGUACAAUCUUAGCAUUAAGUAAAAAUAAAUUGUCACCUAAUCGCAUGAUGUGUGAAAGAAAUACAUAUAAAUAUAUAUUUUUAGACAA